AAACCAAACACGGCCUAAAACCCUCAUCUCUUUCAUAACUGAGGCCCCUAGUCUUUGCCUCGUCUCGAUUUGGCCUUCAAGGCAGCCCAGGUGACCCUCCGCCGUGGGCCGACCACCGCCGAUUCAGCACCUUCGCCGGCACCGCCACUGCCAGCUGAAAUUUGAACUCUUAGAGCAAUGGACGAGGAUACUAGCAAUCCACUUCGCCGUAUGUCGAGCCGAACUCGCAAGGUUGCUCCAAAAAUGGUAGCUGCUCUUGCGAGCAACGACAAUCGAACACAGGCAGCUCUUGCUCGUCUUGAAGCUUUGGAGAAUGAUAAUGCAGGGGCAGAGAUGAUAGAGAUUAAUGAAGAUGAUGAUGCUUCUCUUGACGACGAUGAUCAAGCAUAUAUGAGGAAGCAGUCAAAAAGCACAAAACGUAAAACCCGUCAGGCAAAAGCACUUGAGAAUGCGAAGAAGGCCCCAAGAACAUUCCUGGAACUUGUGAACGAGGCAAACCUGGAAUCUUUGCCUCCUCAUGUGCCCUCGUAUUUAAGAGCAGCUGUGGGCCCUCCAAGCUCCACCUCCCGCCGCCAUUUCUGCACUGUUUGUGGAUUUACUGCUAACUAUACAUGCGUAAGAUGUGGAAUGCGCUUCUGUGCAAUCCGUUGCCAGACUAUACACAAUGAUACUCGUUGUCUGAAAUUUGUUGCUUAAUUCAUGAGAGGCUUGGGCUUCCAAAAAUGAUUUGGAGCUUACUUUGUGUUCUAUUUCAGAGCUUUUAUUUUAUAUGCUAUCCAGUGAUCACUUUUUUAUGUUCAAAUCAUAGCCUCUACAUGGUUUCAUGCCAAUGGAGCCAUUUCUGUCCAUGUAUAUAUUUAUGGAUAACUCAGUCAGUUA